GGCAUACCAUUCACCCGGAGGUCGAAUGACCAUAAAAGUCCAUGCAAAUUGGUGACGUUGGCAAAGCUGUAGUGAAUUAACCAUAUCGUCUUUCACGGAUUAUGUGAAUCUCAAGAAAUGCUUUUCGAGAAUAUUGGCGCUAUCGUUUUCAUUGGCAAAGGCUGGGCCAUGUUUUGGAAUCCUCCAUUAUGUCAUUCGCCUUAGCAGAUGUGAUCAACGUCGCUCCCGACAGUGCCAAAUUAGGGGUAGCGGGAACACAGUCGACGGAUAUUUUAGGGAACGCAUGGGUGCAACAGACUUCAACGUCUUCCUCUGGCCCUGUGCACUAUUCUGUUGCAGCACCGUUUGAACGAAACUGCCCUCCUCAUCAUGACAUAUAUCAACGCCUUGGAGCUCAAACCCCAAAUCACCUGAACUCUCUCCACCUUUCCCAUUUAUUCCCAUUAACUGGUAUCGAAGAAGAUUCAUGCGUAGAGUUCAAUUGCUUGAAACAUUCUGUGGUAGAUACUGUGGAGGGUGCGGAUCCGAUUCAUUCAUCCGGACUUAAUUCCACAGAUGCAUGCGCGGCUCCAGCUGGGAUGUGCUUCGUUUUGCAAGGAAUGUCACCAACAGAAGAAUCAGGCACCUUUCAAUCCAACGCAUGGGUUACAUGCACUAACUCGGGGUGCAAUUACGGUGGCCUGUUACAUCACAACUGCUUUCAACGAUGGGUUUCUUGCUGUGAACUGCGUUGUCGAAUGCUUGCAUCUAGCACAGGAGUUCCCACGUCAUCUCUUCUGAAUGGGGCGGAUGCAAAUGCCAUCUUGGAGGCUCUGUUCGUCUUGUAUCAAUGUCCUCGGUGUGGCAAAUGCUCACUUCGUCGUUUCAGAAACUGUGAUAUCACAUCCAUAUUGCCCGAGGACCCAAUCCCAAGUGUGUUGGAUGCAGUGCAGUUUGUGAGUGAACAACUGACCGCGAAGUCUGGUAUUCCUUCCAACGGCCCGAUCAGUGAUGCGAACUUCACUGCACCGCAGAUCUCUCUUUCCCUGCAAGACGAUGCGUUUGAUUUGGAUUCCUGGAUGCUACCACCUAGCCCGAAAGAGGCACCACCUAACCUGAAACCCCACCCAAUCAAGCGGGCUAGUUGGCACACGACGGGUACUCAUUCUGUACCAGUCACACAGCAACUGAACCAAGAGACUCAGCUCCUGAGGCGCUUAUCACUCCACCGAGGAACGAGCACUGGCAGUGCCUCCAGCGGAGGCACCAGCGGCUUUGUAAGUGGAACCAAUGGGGGCAGUUCUGUGGACAGUAGCCGUCGAGGUAGCCAAAAUGCCUAUAAUUCCGACGGUAAUGUUAAUGGAAAUUGGUCGACGGAGUCGCGGGCCACUUGGGCUGCACCCAGUGGGAGAGCGAGAAAUUCGUCGAUGAGCGACAGCAAAACAGACAAAUUAUCCAACCCCGAUCCUCAGCAUUCUUUGAACUCCAAUCCUUCUUCGCCAGCGAUACCUAUACAGAAGAAGAAUAACGCUGCCACAGCGUCCAAUGACGCGUCAUCGUCCUGGCAAUCUCAAAACUCGUCAACCGCAUCUGAGCUGGAGCCAUCUCACCGCGUCAUCAUUGGAGGUGGAUCUGGUAGCCGAAAGCACCACAAUCCGACCUCAGCCGCUCGAGGUCCUUCAUUUUGGCCCACAGAUUCGACAGCAAAAUCCAAGGCGAACAAUUCCAGUGAGUCCGACAAACGCAAAACAGUGAAUCGAAAAGGGAACAUUUUUCAACCAAGACCGGAUUUCAAUGUGUUUGAAAAUCUGCCAGCGCACAAGCGAAACGCAUAUUUCAUUCAAAUGGACGAUGACAGCUGUACCGGCAACGAAGACACAAGGGCAUUUCUACUCACUCAGUUGACGAAUCACCGCUUGUCGGAGGUGCGUUGCCUGGCUUGUCACAAGGCCCUAACUGUGUACGAUCACUUUCCUGUAGUGGACGGUAUCUUCUUCAUCAGCCCCGUGUGUCACGAUUCGGACAAGACAACGGGUCUACGCAUCACAUGGCACACAAAUUCAGUCACUCCGACGAUGCACACAAUCGAUUCGUCACCUUGUGCCAAUGCCAAUCUGGAACAAUUGGCUGGAGACGAACGGGGCCGGAAGCUACUUGCUUCCAACAAACCAUUGGUUCCUCCACCUGGGUGUUUGGGACCACGGCAACAAUUGAAUGUGGGCCAUCUUUCCGAGCAGGGCUCCUCCUCUUCCGUCGCCCACUCUAGGCACUGUGGACACUCGUCUCGUCAGGAGAGAUACCUGCAUGCGUUGUGCAUGGGUUGUUUAGAGGACCCGUACACUUCCAAACCGUCGGCAUACAUUUGUUGUCGAGUUUGUGAUCGUCCAUGGUCUGGCUCAACCCUUCUGGUCGGUGGCCUGUACACGUACGAUAUUCUCGCUGCAUCACCUUGUUGUCUCGCGCACCUAACCUGUAAUAAGUGCGGUAAAAGAUUGGACCAAGCGGUUUGCCCGGACCAGGAGACCGAGUCCUUGUGCGGACCAUCCAACGGAGAGGAUGGCAACCCCAAAGGAGGAGAGUCGGGCGGUCCACUUCAGUCCUCCCCAUUGCCCUUCUUUUCACAAUACAGUCAACUCAUCACGUGUCCUUUCUGUGCAAAAGUGGAUUAUCACUUUGCGAAACCAAUUCAGCAGAUGUAUCGCAUUGUGACCUUGCCAACACCCUCCACUGUUUGAGCUACCUAGACAUUCAAGAAACCACACGUGCACACACACACAUAAGCGCGCGCGCACACACACGUAGCGUACUUACCGGCAGGGUUAUGCAAAUCAGGGAUCACAGUAGUUGUUUUCGGAAUCAAUCAAUGAGGACAAUGACCUUUAUUUUUACGCAGCUUUAUGGCAACCAUUUUACUCUUAUUCUCAGGGCUGACGGUUGCCUUUUGUGCUUACGGGUUGUAAUCAUGACGAAUAUUACUAUUAUUACUAUUGUUAUUGCUAUCCUAGCCUCUAUGUACUAAUACGUAGCUACCAGUGCUACUGAAUUUCCCUUCAAGUAGUACAUCACCCAACAUGUUUUUUUGGUUGCUUUUAUGCUUUCAUUACUACUACUACUACGCUCUGUUGUUGUCGUCCGCCGUUUCACCACUUUAUUCUUGCUGUGAGUAGCACAAAUGCGUGAGUUUAUUUUUUAAUCUGUCGAUAAUAUCAGGUGUGGCACACGAAGCGCCAGCUUGUAAAUACCGUAUUUUAUUUGUUAUAUUUUGACGUGCCCACGUACUGCUACUAUAGUAGCAUAUUAUGGCGUCCUGCUUUGUAGCUCUUCUUUCGUCCCUCUUUCCCCUCGUCGAUACUGGGUCACGUGUGACGCUCGCACUAUUCAUCAGUUACAUACAUGCCUCUAAUGCAACAUUACCACCACCACCACCACCGAGAACAUUUAGGGAAUUGCACUGCACAUCUUCCUCAAUUGUUUUGCAAUCCGAGGCAAUUUGUCCAACUUUCAUGUGUGUUUUUGUCAGCGGUAUUCAACUGGCUGUCAUUGUGAUCUGUCCCCAACUGCUGUCUUGUCGUUUCCAACCCACGCAUCAUUGUCAGCAAACUGCUUUGUUUACACACAUGGAUUCCACUUCUUUUUAUUCUCUUGCUCUACCAACACUAUUUUCCCGAUUGUCCACGCCCGCAUUUCGCUGUAUUCGGCACGCCACAGGCUGUCGACGACAUAGUACGUGUCGGCAGUACACCGGUAUUCCGC